AUGCCCUCUUCCUACGAAACAAGUUCAGGUCCGAAUUUGUCCGAAAAGCCAGACUUAACUGCCCCGAACAAUGCUGUUCCGGGUGACAGUAGUCAGACCGGAUCCGUCGAUAUUGAAGAUGUUGGUGAGGUCUUCCAACAAGCCCAAUACCGGGCUCUCGGCUGGAAACGUACAGUCAUCAUCUUGAUGAAGCUCUGUUUCGCGACUGGCGUUUUAACUAUUCCGUCUGCAUUUAGCGCAGUAGGGUAUGGGCCGGGGAUUAUUCUCCUUGUGAGCUGGGGAACCCUUACGACUUGUGAGUUCUCAACAAUGCUCUUCGGUCUUGGCCCUUGUCUGCACUUUGUAGUCACUUACAAUAUGGAUUACGCCUACGUCAUGUACGCCUUCAGAAUGCGGUAUCCCGGUGUACACAAUAUCGCCGAUGCCGCUGCCCUAAUGGGUGGUCCCGUGGCUCGUGAAGUUGCAGGCGGUCUGUUCCUUUUGACCUGGGUGCUAGCUUCUGGCUCUGGCUUCGUUGGCCUGGCGGAAGGAUUCAAGACACUCUCUAACCGACCAGUCUGCAACAUCGUUUGGACUCUCGUCGCAGCAACGUGUACGGCACUAAUCUCCAGCAUUCCAACGCUUGGAAGAUUGUCGAUCUUGGCAUGGAUUGGGUUUGCCUCGAUAUUCACGGCCGUAUUCAUUGUAGUAGUUGGCGUUACUCAGGUCGAUAGACCAGCCGCUGCUCCUCAGGAGGGUCCCUAUGACAUGGAGGUUCACUCCAUUGGUGCUCCUGCGUUUGUUCCCGGGGUAGUUGCCACCAUCAAUCUCUUCGUUGGCUACGGAUCGACACCUACAUUUAUGCCAGUCAUUGCAGAAAUGAAAAGCCCUAAAUCGUUCACGAAAUCGCUUUUCUCGUCUCAGCUUUUCUUGGGGGCAUGCUAUGUCUCUUUUGGGACCGUUGUCUACAUGUAUUGUGGCAAAUAUGUCGCAAGUCCAUCACUGGGGAGCGCAGGCGGAACGCUGGAGAAGAUAGCCUACGGCAUUUCCAUCCCCGGCUUCAUCAUGACUACCACGCUGUGGGUGCAUCUGGCCGCCAAGUUUUUACUUGUUCGCAUUCUCCGCAACUCGGUUCAUCUGCAGAACAAAAGUGUCGUUCAUUGGGUUACAUGGCUCGGAUCAACUUUGGGAAUCAGUGCACUUGCCUUUGUCAUUGCUGAAGCAGUGCCAUUUUUCAGUUACCUGGUUGGUCUCAUCGGCUCUAUCUGCUGCAUGCCAACGUGUCUCAUUAUUCCUGCGUUUAUGGGUCUGUACAUGGAUUGGGAAGUACGAUCCUUGAGUAAAGCAAAGAUGGGUCUGUGUCUAUUGCAUUGCUUCACGGUUGUUUUGGCAUCUUUCAUGACGGUGGUUGGAACGUAUACCACUAUUCAGAGCAUCGUUGAUGCCUACAGAUCCGGUGACGUUGGCUCGGCAUUCACAUGCUGA